AAUAAUAUUUGAAAAUAAACGUCAAACAAUCAUAACAUGUCUCAAACCGAUGACGAUGUACAGAAUAUUCCUCUUGAUACAGAGGAAGGCGUCAAAAAAUCUAAAAGGAAAUCAGAAAAUGUUGAACAAGGUGAAGAUUUGGAUGAAGAGGUUCAGAAGGAAGAGGAAAUAGAGAUUGAGGAAGAAGAACCUGAAUUUUACGAUUCAAAUGAUUAUAUUUCCGGACCAAGAAUAAGCAAAGUUGGAACUUUACCAUUGGAUAUAUUGAAAUUCCAUUUUUCUUUCGGUUAUAACUGCCGAAAGAACUUCAAUUUGGUUGUUUUGGACCCUAAUACCCUAGUGUUUGCUUCGGGAAAUUUCAUAAAUUUCUUCGAAAUCGAUUCGAAAGAAAUAUGGUUCAGAAGAUCUGCUCUGGGAGGAGGAAUAGGACAUAUUAGGAAAAAUCCAAAUCCCGAUUAUCCCCAUUUUGCUGUUGGAGAAUGUGGACAUCGUGCUAUCAUCAUCAUUUAUGAAUGGCCUUCUCUCAACAUAGUUUGUAUACUGAGGGGAGGCGCAAAACAUCUUUAUUCAAAUAUAGACUACAGUCCUGAUGGAGAGUUGCUGGUAUCACAAAGCGGAGAACCCGAUUAUUUGAUAACUGUUUGGAACUGGAAAGAACACAAAAUAUUAUUGAGGAAUAAGUCCUACGUUAACGAUGUCUAUCGUGUUAAAUUCUCACCAUAUAUACCAGGUCAAAUCACAACAUGCGGUGUUGCUCACAUAAAAUUCUGGAAGAUGGCAACCACAUUCACUGGUCUCAAGCUGAAAGGUGAAGUUGGAAGAUUUGGAAAAACAGAAUAUUCUGAUAUUUAUGGCGUUUUGCCAAUGCCUGAUUCAAAGGUGGUGUCAGGUUGCCAAUGGGGAAAUAUUUUAGUGUGGGAUGCAGGUCUAAUCACGCUAGAAAUAUUCAGAUCCUUGAGGCGAAAAUGUCAUGACGCUCCUAUCGUGCAGUUUUUUUACGAAGAUGGAGAACUAUGGACUAUUUCUCUCGACGGCCAUGUCCGUAUUUGGUGGUACGAGAAAAUCGAUCACGCCGAUCCACCUGAUGACGAUAGAGUAAUACUGAUGGAUCCUUCAUAUGAUUUUUAUACUCCAGGAUUGAAACUUUAUUGUGUGGAAAAAAAAGAUGGAAAUGGUGGAAUUUGGCAAAUUGAUUUGAACACCGAAAUUGAACCAAGACCAGCAGUUCAACUGUACAAAUGUCACGCGGGAAAGGUUGUUGAUAUUGCAGCUUGUCCGUUUGGCCCGUUUUUGGCUAGUCUUGGAAAAGAUGGAAGAAUCUAUUUGUACAACUACUUGUCCAAGAUGCUUAUUUUCCAUCAUGAAUUUCCAGCACAUGGAAUGUGUAUGAUUUGGUUGGAUAUUGAG